UCUUUUUAAAACUUGGGGUGCCCUGUUUUUUCUUUGCAUCCUGUCAUAUUCAUCCCCUUGCCACUCUCCAUCGCUGAUAGGGCUCAGCACCUCAUGCAUCUUCAAAUUCUUUCCAUUAAGGAAGUAAAAGCAAUAAGAAGAAUUACUGAGGGCUUGUUUUCUUUGCCCUGGCAUUUAUGAGGACUACAAUUGAUUAUUCAAAAAUCCAUCUGAAAUUGUGGUGAAUUUGAAUUGAUCUUGUCAUAUAUGUGCAGAUGGAGGGGUCAUGAGUGGGGCUAUCCUGUUCAUUCAGAAGGAUCUCAAAAUCACAGAAGUACAGGUAGAAGUUUUCGUCAGUUGCUUAAGCAUUGUGUCACUUGUGGGAUGCCUCGGAGGCGGUCACACUGCCGAUGCGAUAGGCAGGAAAUGGACCAUGGGGCUCUCAUGCAUAGUCUUCCAAUUGGGUGUGGUUCUCAUGGCCAUAGCCCCUUCUUUCAAAGUACUCCUGGCCGGAAGGAUUCUAGCCGGCAUAGGCGUGGGAUUCGGAGGUGUGAUUGCACUCAUAUACAUAGCUGAGAUAUCCCCAGCUGCGAGCAGAGGAACACUCACUUCCAUUCCCGAGAUACUUGUCAAUUUCGGGAUCCUUCUUGGCUAUGUUUCAAAUUAUGCAUUCUCGGGUCUUCCUGUCCACAUCGGCUGGAGAGUCAUGCUAGUAGUGGGGGUCCUGCCUUCAGUGUUCGUCGCGUUUGCCCUCUUUGUGCUCCCAGAGUCACCGAGAUGGCUGGUGAUGAUGAACAGGACCAAGGAAGCACAGUCUGUGCUUCUCAAGAUCACAGAGGAUGAAACAGAGGUCGAGGCAAGGUUGUCGGAGAUAGAGGAGGCUGCUAAGAUACAGAACCAGGAGAAAGGAGUGUGGCAGGAGCUUAUUAGUCCCUCACCCGUUGUCCGCCGGAUGCUAAUAUCGGGGAUCGGGAUCCAGUGCUUCCAGCAGAUUACAGGCAUAGAUGCCAUUGUGUAUUACAGCCCGACCAUCUUCAUGGAUGCGGGUCUUAAGAGUGAGAAAACCAUCCUCGCUGCCACGAUUGCAGUGGGCUUUGCGAAGACUAGUUUCAUUCUGGUGGCAAUUUUUUUGAUUGAUAGAGUGGGCAGGAAGCCUCUGUUAUAUGUGAGCACCAUGGGGAUGACUGCUUGUUUGUUCGGUUUGGGGAUGACUCUCACAUUCCUCAAACAUGGGUCUGGGCAAAACCAGAUUGCAAUCACUCUGGCAAUAUUGGCAGUGUGUGGAAAUGUGGCUUUCUUCUCGGUGGGCAUCGGCCCAAUCUGUUGGGUGGUAACAUCGGAGAUCUUCCCAUUGAGACUACGUGCUCAGGCAUCGGCGCUCGGUGCAAUGGGCAACAGGGUGUGUAGCGGGAUCGUGUCGAUGUCCUUCUUGUCUGCGUCACGGUUCAUCUCGGUCGCUGGUAUAUUCCUUAUGUUUUCAGCUAUCUCAGCCUUCUCUGUCGCGUUUGUGUACCGUUUUGUUCCUGAGACAAAAGAGAAAACAUUAGAGGAGAUAAAACUGUUGUUCGAACCAGGGGAGGAUUGGAAUAAAGGUGGUGAGGUGGAGUUGGAGGAUGCAAAGCAUUUGGUUCAGAACCAGUAAGUUGUUUGUUAUGUGUCUCAGAGAUACUAAUGAAAUCGGUUCUGUCCUUUGACUUGUUUUUCAGACUCAAACUAACCAUUCUCAAGUAUCUAAGUAAUGGUACUCUUUGGGUACCUAUUUUUAACACAAAACACAACAAAAAUAGGGCAGGGUUUUUUGCCACCAAAGGGGUUUGCAGCCCCUAGUUUACCGGACUGCUUUGAGAUAGACUCCUAUUGCAUAAAUUAUUCAAUUCAUGGCUGAAAGCCUUAUUUUGAAGGGUGCUUAAGUAUGGGGUAUAUGACUACAGUAAUAAAGAUCGCUUUUUUUA